AUGAAGUACUACGCCGCUCAAGUUUUCGCUCUUGCCAGCAUUGCAACCGCAUUCCCGCAUCCUCAGCUUCCAUCGCUACCAUCCUUCUCGCUACCAACCGGAGGACUAGGUUCUGGUCUAGGCUCAGGUCUUGGUGGAGGAUUGAGUCUACCAACCAACCUUCCAUCUCUCGGAGGUGGAGGUGGUCUCCCAUCACUUGGAGGUGGCCUCCCAUCGCUUGGAGGUGGAGGUGGAGGCUUCUCCCUCCCAACCAACCUACCCAGCCUAGGCGGAGGCAGCACCGGUACAGGCGGCUCUGGCCUGAGCAGCUGGCUCAGCGGGCUAGGCGGAGGCCUCGGCGGCCUUGGAGGGCUCGGUGGCCUUGGAGGGCUCGGUGGUGGUGCUGCGGGUGGCGGUGCUACGACAACAGCCGACGCCGUUGUGCCCUCACCUUCAAAGACUGGUGCUGCAGCUGCACCCUCAGCGACUGGCGGAGGCAACACUGGCGGUGCCGGCACGAUCGGCGCGAACUGCCAAGUUCAGUCUGGAUCUUCCAACGCUUUCGGAGGAAGCGAGAACGGCAUCGUAGACAAGAACUGCUGCACCGAUAUGACCAUCGUCUUCGCUCGUGGUACGGGAGAGAUGGGCAACGUCGGAAGCGUCUCUGGACCGCCAAUGUUCAAGGCUAUCCGCGAGAAGCUGGGUAACGACCGUGUUACCGUCCAGGUUGUUGACUACGCUGCUUCCGCUGCUGGCAAUGCCAACCUCGGUGGUGACGGUGGCCAGAAGAUGGCCGACCUGGUCAAGCAAGCCAAGUCUCAAUGUCCUGACACCAAGGUCAUUGUGUCGGGUUACUCUCAGGGUGCCAUGGUCGUGCACAAUGCUUUCAGCAAGGGUCUUUCUGCCACGGAUGUUAGCGGUGCUGUCAUGUUCGGAGACCCAUUGAAGCGCCAGGCCAUCAGCGGUCUUUCAGCCGACCAGAUCAAGCAAUUCUGCGGUACUGCUGACCAGAUCUGUGGUGGCGGUGGUGAUGGCGGUGCGACUGGAAGCCAUCUCAGCUACGGCAGCAGUGCGGAUGCGGCGGCUUCUUUCGCUGUCCAGGCCGCUGGCCUUGCUUAG